AUGGCGUCUUCCACUGUCGUCGGAUUCAUGGGGCUCGACGAGCUCAGCUUAGAGAUAGCUUCCUUGCUUGUCAAGUCCAGUUACUUCAUGGUUUCAGAUGGUCGAGUCGUCUCUGAUGAGCAGGUUCGUGGAGUUGGGCGGAGUGAAGUGCGCAAGCGCUAUGGAAGCUGCAAUGGAUAUAUAACAAGUAGCUUUAUUGAAGAAACUAUAGUGCUAAAGAGGGACAUUAUUGCAGUCAUUCAAAGGUUCAAUAUCCAAGUUAGCAAUUUGACUCAAGAUUGCCUUGGAAAGUCUAGUUCAACUGUUUAUGCCAUUGCAUUAUUAGCCUCUGGACAGAGCUCUGCAAUAACUGGAUUUUCUAAACAUGAAGAUGAAAAAAUGGCUGAGGAAUCUCAUGACUCAAUAAAUCGCAAUCACUCCAAGUCUCAUCGUGUCCAUCAUCAGUGGUUCCUCAGGAGCCGGACGGCUCAUCAUAAUCUCAUCGGUACUAUUGAUAUUCCUUUUCCAAAUUUCAUAAUCUUAAUGGUACUAUCAUUUGAGUUGCCAUUUGCACUCUUACCUCUUCUCAAAUUCAACAGCAGUCAAACAAAAAUGGGACCUCAUAAAAGCUCAAUAUAUAUCAUUGUGGUGUCAUGGAUUAUUGGUUUGCUUCUGGUAACAAUCAACAUCUACUUCUUAAGCACCAGCUUUGUCAGUUGGCUCAUUGAUAGCAGCCUACCAACAGUUGAUAACGUUCUCAUCAGCAUCAUUGUUUUCCCUCUCAUGGCAGUGUACAUUCUUGCUGUGAUCUACUCAACCUUCAAGGAGACUAAAGUAACAUUUGUCGACCCAUUCAAUUCUUCACAUGUUAACAUAGAGAGUGGUGGUUCAUUUCAAGUUGAUGGAAUGAGUAGAUCUGAAGUUGCACCCGUCAGAGAGGAUCGUGCAGAUAUUCCCCUCCCUGAUUAG